CAAAAAUUUAGCAAUGAGAUGUUGUAAUGGAUUAAGAAAUUGAAACCCCAUAACUUAUUUUGCGGUUGAGUUGACAAGUCACACCAACACCAUCACUCUCUCUGCACUCUCUAGAGAUUCCUCACCAUUUCCUUUUCUUCUAUAAAUGCUCCCCUUAAGUCUUUAACUCCACACACUUCUCUAUCUGUUACCCUUUUCUUCAGCUCUUAUCAUCUCUUCUCUGAUUUUUCCUCUGGUUUUCUGCAAUUGUUCUUCUUCAGAAUCAGAAACCCACCUCUGAAAACCCCCAAGAAUUUUCACCAUGGCCAGCAUUGAAGCCAAGAUUCAGCAGAACCCACCUCAGAAAACCCAAAAUGUUUUUCUUGGAACCCAGAUUUUCAUGAGAACCUUCACAAUGACUGCUACAUUGGCUGCAACUUGGGUGACGGUCACAAACAAGCAGACCGCUCAGAUUGUUGGCAUAGAAUUUGAUGCUAGAUAUAACUAUUCCCCUGCCUUCACGUUCUUUGCUUAUGCAAAUGCUGUUGUAAGUGCCUUUUCUUUGCUGUCCUUGUUCCUUGUUUUCCUUUUCCAUCGCAAAGGCUCACAUCCUGCCAACUACUUCAUCUUGUUCCUCCACGAUUUGAUGAUGCUGUGCUUGUUGCUUGCUGGAUGCUCUGCUGCGACUGCUAUAGGGUACGUGGGGAAGUAUGGGAACAGCCACUCGGGUUGGGCUCCAAUCUGUGAUCACUUUGGAAAAUUCUGUAAAAGAGGGACCAAUUCUAUGGUUCUCUCUUACUUGUCUGUCAUUUUCUUGCUCAUGCUUACCAUCAGCUCGGCCACCAAGUCCAGACAGAUUCUGGUUUAGAUCUUCUAGUUCUGUUCUUCUUGCUGUUGCUGUAGAAGAAGAAGAAGUUUUAUUUUCACUGUGUUGUAGAAGUUGACUUGAUGAAAUGAUGUAGAUCUUUGUAAAA